GUAUGCCCUUUCUAAAAUGCGCAAUUAGAAAUUUCAAACAUUAGAAAUUUGAAAUUUGAAAUGCGCAAUUUUGCAAUUCUAAAUUUGCGCCAUCUUCAACUAUGGUCCAACUGAUCAGCCCCUGGACGUCAGGAUCUUGUGAGCUCCACCAGUGGCGCAAGGAAAAGGCCCCCUCGAAUCAACAGCAGCUUCUCAGAUCUUUCAUCAAGGGGACAUCAGAUGCAAGGAAGCUCUAAUCUUACAGCGCUGGUGUGCCAGUCCCACAGACUCCCUCUUACGAGCUGCGUGUGGCUUGAUAUUCAUCUCUGGAAACGUUGGCGGUUUUCUCAACAGCAUCAUACUACGCGCUUCCUAGACUUGAGGCGCGUCGAGAAUCCUGCUUGGACUUUGUAGAGGCUCAGGGGUGCUGAGCAGAGCAAAGAGUGUUUCGCCACUGCCAUGAGUCAUGCAGACAUGAUCACCCCAUUUUCGGCCAGUGUCGGGCGAAACUGCCUGCACUGGGCCCUGACCAACACCCAAAGUGCGCUGCGCGCGGCCACCCUGAAUGUGCCUGCCCUACAACCCACUCCGCUUCUCAAGAGAAGCUUGCAAACGACUCCAUGUGCCACAAUCGCCAGCAUAAGCGAGCAGUGUCCCUCUCGGGGGGGCUUCCAAAGCUUGGGGCGUGAUGAUUUGCAGCAUAGCAGUCUCCCAAGGCUGCGGGGAAUUCACUCGCAGCCUUACUGGGGGAAAUCAGUGUUUCUCUCCCCCGCUUCUAGUUCUUCCAGCCUCUUCUCCCCCACCCCCCAAUGCCACGGUGGCACAGCAGCAGCCCAUGCGAGCGGUCGCAACUCGCAACCAUCGACACAGAGUCGGUGUUCCUCAUCUGACUCAGCGAGCACUUCUUCAAGAUCUGCAGACGAGAGUGUUGAGCCCCCCAGCGAAAGCGGGGUGCGUGUUGCGGUGGGCUCCAUCCACCUGAUCAUGGGGCCCAUGUUUGCGGGCAAAACGACUGCGCUGCUCGCGCGAAUGCAGGAUGCAGUGUCGGCCGGAAAAAAGAUUGCGCUAGUGAAGUCGGGCAUCGACGUGCGGUACGGUCUGACGGACGUUGUUUCGCAUGACGGGACCCGUAUGCCCUGCUUAGCGGUGAACACUCUGCAGGACUUUCGCACCACCAUAGGGGAUGCGGAGUAUGACGAGCUGGAGGUCAUUGGCAUCGACGAAGCCCAGUUCUUUUCGGACCUGGACGCCUUCUGUCGGCAAGCAGCGGACAGAGACCACAAGGAGCUGGUGGUUGCUGGUCUCGACGGAGAUUUUAAAAGGCGAAAGUUCGGACAGCUUUUGGACCUGGUCCCCACUGCGGACAGCAUCGUGAAGCUGUCUGCGACUUGCGAGCUGUGCAAGCAGCCCGCGUCGUUCACGCUGCGCACCACGGAGGAGACGGAGACGCAGGUGGUGGGAGGCGCGGAUAAGUAUAUGCCGGUAUGUCGGAAGCACUGGGUAGAGGGUACGUACGCCAUAAAAAUGGCCCGGACUUUUCUGCGGCGGUCGAAGGUAGGAGAGCCUGCGCCAGCAGCAAAGUGAGGGCCAUGGGGGCAAAUGGGAGAGGAUCGAGGUUUGCAGGUUGAUGGGACCGGCCAAGCUUGAUUCAAAGGGAACGAUUGUCGAGACGUACCAACUUAUUAUAUAAGUCAUAAAUCAAGUGCGACACUGUGUAGACGCACCGACGCGUCCUUUGCUUGUUCAGAAUCUUUCUGAUGUUUG